CCAAGCCCUUUCUAAUUACUUUUCAGUUUCAUUCUUGUAUUUAUAGCAUACUCCUCCAAGGACUACCUGCGUCGUCACUGUAACCUAAAUCAUACCACCAUGUCCAAGGGAGAGGAAGUAGUGAAGCUUGUGGGUGCAUGGCCAAGCCCCUUUGUGAUGAGGGCCCGUAUAGCCCUCAAUAUUAAGUCUGUGAGCUAUGACUUCAUUCAAGAGACGUUGGGAUCCAAGAGCCAACUUCUGCUUCAGUCCAAUCCUGUUCACAAGAAAAUCCCAGUUCUGAUUCAUGCAGAUAAGCCUGUUUGCGAGUCUCUGAUUAUUGUUGAGUACGUCGACGAGGUCUGGUCUUCUUCUCCUUCCAUUCUUCCCUCUGAUCCGUACGAUCGUGCCAUUGCUCGUUUCUGGGCUGCUUAUCUUGACGAGAAGUGGUUCCCUGCAAUGAAAUCCGUUGGGGGUGCAAAAGGAGAUGAACAGAGGAAGGCUCUGAUACAGCAAUUAGAAGAAGGAUUAGCAUUAAUGGAGAAUGCUUAUCACAGCAUUAGCAAAGGCAAGCCCUUCUUUGGCGGUGACCGGGUCGGGUAUCUGGACAUUGCGUUCGGGUGCUUCCUCGGGUGGCUGAGGGUCACUGAGGCGCUUCUUGGGCUCAAAUUGUUGGACCCGGCCAAGACACCAGGCCUGGCCCAAUGGGCCGGAGCAUUCUGUGCUGAUGAUGCUGUCAAGCACGUGAUGCCUGAAACUGACAAGCUUCUGGAGUUCGCCAAGCUACUUAUGGCGAAAAUGGCAUCGAACUAGUUGAGUUCGACAUUGAUGCGUGGCUUAUACGAUCUCGUGUCUGUCGUUAUCCUUAAUGACUGAGGCUUUGAGUUUGUCUGCGUGUUGCCUCUUGUAAUAAAAUUUCGAUUAAUAACAUUUUCUCAUGCUGAUCUUA